UGUUUGGAUAACCUCUAACAGCAACCCCACCAUCCGCAAGAACGAGAUCUACAACGGCCACCAGGGUGGCGUGUACAUCUUCGGCGAGGGUCGUGGUCUGAUCGAGCACAACAACAUUUACGGAAAUGCGCUGGCCGGGAUUCAGAUCCGUACCAAUAGCGACCCCAUAGUGCGGCACAACAAGAUCCACCAUGGCCAGCACGGCGGCAUCUAUGUGCACGAGAAGGGUCAGGGGCUGAUCGAGGAGAAUGAGGUGUACUCCAACACAUUGGCCGGCGUGUGGAUCACCACCGGGAGCACACCCGUUCUGCGUCGCAACCGGAUCCAUUCGGGCAAACAAGUGGGGGUCUACUUCUACGACAACGGACACGGCAAACUGGAGGACAACGACAUAUUCAACCACCUAUACUCGGGGGUGCAGAUUCGAACGGGCAGCAAUCCGGUGAUACGGGGUAACAAGAUCUGGGGCGGCCAGAACGGCGGAGUACUCGUCUACAACGGCGGCCUAGGACUGCUGGAGCAGAACGAGAUCUUCGACAACGCCAUGGCCGGGGUGUGGAUCAAAACAGACUCCAACCCGACGCUCAAGCGCAACAAGAUAUACGAUGGCCGCGACGGUGGGAUCUGCAUCUUCAACGGCGGCAAGGGAAUCCUCGAGGAAAACGACAUUUUCCGCAACACGCAGGCCGGAGUUCUCAUCUCGACGCAGUCGCAUCCUAUCCUGCGACGAAAUCGCAUCUAUGAUGGCCAGGCGGCGGGCGUGGAGAUCACCAACAAUGCCACGGCCACGCUGGAGCACAACCAGAUAUUCAAAAACAAGUUCGGCGGGCUGUGCUUGGCCAGCGGCGUUCAGCCCAUAACGCGAGGCAACAACAUCUUCAACAACGAGGAUGAGGUGGAGAAGGCCGUCUCCAGCGGGCAGUGCCUGUACAAAAUUAGCAGCUACACAUCCUUCCCCAUGCACGACUUCUAUCGCUGCCAGACCUGCAACACAACCGACCGCAACGCCAUUUGCGUCAAUUGCAUCAAGAAUUGUCAUGCUGGCCAUGACGUGGAGUUUAUACGACACGAUCGCUUCUUUUGCGAUUGCGGUGCUGGCACUCUGUCCAACCAAUGUCAACUGCAGGGCGAGCCCACUCAGGACACGGACACGCUCUACGACUCGGCGGCGCCCAUGGAGUCACACACACUGAUGGUCAACUAGUGAACUUAUUUCGGCAGCUCAACCACGGUCCUAUUCUUAGCUAUAUCUUAAGUCAGUCGUUAAGGCCAAGCUCUCAAAUCUCUCGCACAUCUCACGUGUUGCUGUAAAUAUUCGAAAGAAACCAACAAACAAAACACAC